CGGUCAUGUGAUCAGCUGUGUCCGAUCACAGCUGAUCUCAUGGCACUGAUGAUCAGUGUAGCCCCAGCAGUGCCAGCUGUCAGUGCUCAUCAGUGCAACAUCAAUGCCACAUAUCAGUGCCUACCAGUGCACAUCAAUGCCACAUAUCAGCGCCCAUCUGAGCUGCCUUUCAGUGCCACCUAUCAGUGCCAGUCAUUGCCACCUAUCAGUUCCACCUAUCAGUGCCUGUCAGUGCUGCCUAUCAGUGCCAGUCGGUGCCACCUAACAGUGUCAGUCAGUGCUGCCUAUCAGUGCGAUAUGAGU